AUGGUACACGCGUGGCCGGGUGCGUGGCCGGGUGGAGGGUACAUGCAUGGCUGGGUGGACGGAUGGUACGCGCAUGGGUGGGUGAGCGGCCAGAACCAGAAGGACCCCAUGGCCCUGGAUAAAAUCAUGAAGGACCUGGACCAGUGCCGCGACGGCAAGGUCGGCUUCCAGAGCUUCUUCUCGCUGGUGGCCGGGCUCACCAUCGCCUGCAACGACUACUUCGUGGUGCACAUGAAGCAGAAGGGGAAGAAGUGAGGGGGCCGGGAGCUGGGGCCGGCGCCCCAGGGGGCUCCUGCGCACGGCACCCUCUUCCCCCGCUCGCCCCCAAUAAAGUUGCCCAGUUGCGGUGUGUUUUCUACGA